AUGACGCAUAGUUUAAUUGCAGCAAGUAUGGGUCUGUCUCUAGCAGAAUACAUGGCAAGUCCACAAAGUCAAGACAACUUUCAUUUCAUACCAACCAUUCGUCGUUGA